AUGGGUCUUUAGUGUGCCAAACAAAAAGAGAAAUAACCGAUCAAAGCAAACGAAAUCAAAAAAUCGGAUAGCACUCCUUAAACUCUCAGCACUACAAAGGAAGCUAUUGAUUUUGUGGAGAGCCAAUCUUUAGCUAAUGUAAUGAGAACGAAGCCGAUCAAGGAAUAUUUAACGGAGUAGAUAGCCAAAAAUUAAAUCUAUGUUGAUUCAUGUGAUAUUUUGGCAGAAAGAAUUGAAGGCAAAUCUCAAUUGAUACUGAGAUCUUACAAUAACUACACUGAGAAGGCUUUAAAAAUUAAAUCAAAAGUGUUAGAAUAUUACAGAAACGAGUACACAAACUAUAUUAAUUCCAGAAAUGAUACUUCUGAAAAUAGGGAGUUUAUCAUCAAAGAAACAAUUCAAUUGCUUGUGGAAACAGCCAUCAUUCUAAAUUGUUUAAUGGAUAAAAACUUUGAUGAUGAGAAUGAACUGUGGUGGACAAAUGACUACUAUAGUGAUCGAAUUAAAGCUUUAUCUCUUUCUCCCGAUACUUCAGAAAAUACAGAUCCUAUCACAUCUCCAAUCUUACAAUAUUUAAAUGCUUUAAAAUCCAAAAUAGUCAAGGUGAUUCCCCUUCUACCAAUCUAACCUAAGUCAAUUGCAAACAGUGUAGCCAUUGCGAAUGUUCAUUUGACUUAGUUUUACAAAGAUCUAAAACUGGAAUUUGCAAAGGAUGUAGAAGAAGAAGUAAGCUGCUGA